AGUAUAUCUCGGUAUAUGUGGGUCAUGAAUUUCUCACGUGUACAUGACGUUGAGUACCUUUAGGCGUUAGGUUAACUACUUGUCACCGGCAGUCACUAGUCAUUCCUCAUCAUCAGUUUUAAUGUCAUUUGCUCCAAGUUAAAAAACAAUUCUUUCCUGAUAGGAUACCACAUUCAAAAUGACAACGAAGAAGGGCAAGGUAGCGACUAAAGGUGCGAAGCAGAUAGUAGAGGAGAAUCAAUCUACGCUGAGAUUCUACACUAAUAUGGCCUUGGGCGCAAUGGGAAUUUAUUUUGCCGUGACGAUGAUAUUGUUUGAAUUCACGAUGCUGGCGAUAACUUUAACAGCAUUUUCUGGCAUUGUAUAUGCAGGCAGCUGCCAGUUUAUGCACUACAUGGCUCGUGCCACUUACUCAGAGUCUGGCCAACUUCUGGAUUCUGGUGUAGAUCUCAAUAUGGACGGAGGUAUAGCGGAGAAUGUCAAGGAUUUAAUUAUAUUGACAUCAGGAGUACAAGUAUUAUCUCUUGUGUCAAACUACUUUUGGCUGCUGUGGCUUCUCGCACCAUUGAGAGGAGGCUGGAUGCUUUGGAAACAAGUCUUGUCUCCAUGGUUCUUUGCUGAGCCACAAGAAGCACCUGAGAUGAGCGAGAAGAAGCAGCGCAAGUUGGAGAAAAAAAUGGCGAGACGACAUUAGUGAAGUUCCUGAGCGUCACAAUGCAGUACAGAAACUGUAAAUUGUCAGUGACAAUUGUUUUAAUCAGGGAAUGGGGAAAUAAGCUAAGGAAGUAUUGGAAACAGAAAGAGGUCGCAAUACAGGUAGCUCUCUUUUUUAUAAAAUAUACCCAAUAUACCCAUAUCGAGAGUUACGAUAAUUUCAUUUAUGAUAGUAAUUAAUAUAAAAAUAGAUGGGGGUUCACGUGCCAUGAAGAGGAAUGCAGAGAAAGUGUGUUUUUUAAUGGCUGAAGGGUACACAAAUUAGGAGAAAGGAUCUUAUCUUUGCUCAGGCAUUCCAAGCGAUUAAUUUGCGAUAGAUUGUUCCGACCUUAUUCGUUGUUGCUAAUAGUCUUUUGUAAUAGUUAUUUGUAAAAAUAACAAUUCCGUUUUCUAAAAAUUUUCCACUGUGCGUAAAAAGUAGUGUAACAAAAUGGUGAACAGGUGCCUUCAUGAAAACGAAGAGAUACAUGAAAUAUCGAAGCGCGUGUUCUCGGAGAUGUGGAAAGGUCGAAAAUUAUAUGUUGUGUUGAUAAUAUCCGCGAAUGUUAUAUAUUUGAGAGUUUAAUCGUUUUUCUUAUAACACAAGUCUACUCAACUGAUAUCAGGUUGUGAUCUAUUGACUGAAUCAAUGCUAUUGCCAUUCGGUAAUGUCGUAUAAAUAAGUACUAUACUUAUUAAAUUCUGGAAGUUUAGGAAUCACAGUUGCAUUUAAAUCUAUGAUAUAUUGUAGGUCACAAUCAUUUUCUUUAGGAAUGCUUAAUUGGAACAAAUGUGUUAUCGGUGACGUCACAUCGUUCCGGUCAACAACAUUGUAUACACGGUAUUACAUGUAUGGUAUUUAUAUUAAUCAUUAAACUUAUAUUCUCUAUACAUUGGUCACGGAAUGCUUUUGUACAGUUUGCCACAAGUAUUCCCCUUAGGCCAACUUUUGUACUUCCAGCUUUUUUCUUGUGGUUUUAUAUUUUGACUUUUGCGUUUAUAUCCUAGUAAGUAAUCUGUGCGCAGACUGACGUCAGAUUGAUGAUAGAUUCAAGUAGAAUCUAUCGACAGAUCCAUGAACAUCUGUGUCCCCGAUCUGCUGUUAGAUUGUGGAGAGUUUGUUGACAGGCUCUAACGACAAAUUGGCGACAGAAUGCGCGCAGAUCCUGCUGUCGUUAGAGUCUGUCAACAAACUCUGCGAGCAAUCUAUCUUCACUCUGCCAUCAGAGUCUGAUAAACAGAUACUGUGUGCAAUCUGUUGCCUUUCUGUCACAGACACUGCUAACAGAGACUGCGCAAAAUCUGCUCGUACAGGUUUGGUUAUUUAGGUAUGCUUCUAUCGGCAGUUUGUUUUAUCCAGUCGUACAA